AUGAAGAAGUAUCUUGCUAAAGCCCAAGAGUACGCGAAAGGGUUUGUUCAUUUUGAUAUAGAACACGUACCAAAGGCAGAGAACAAAAAGGUCGAUGCACUUGUGAAAUUGGCCUCAGCAACCAAUUUAGAAUGGAAGGACGCUAUUUAUCUACAGUGGAUAGGGAAGCCCUCAUAUGCGGAUGACAACAUUAACUCGGUGGAAUCUGAAAUUAGCAAGGAGGAUUGGAGGGCGCCUCUAUUCUUGUACCUCCGAGAUGGAUCCCUACCGGAGGACAACAAGGAAUCUCUAAAAGCCAACAAUGAAGAACUCAGAUCAGAAAUCGACCUAUUGGAGAAGAGAUGGGAUCAGGCUAGCCUAAAAGUUGUAGCAUACCAGCAUAGGGUGGCGAAAUACUACAACAGUCGCGUCAAAGUACGGAAUUUCCAGCCUGGAGACUUGGUUCUAAGGAAAACGCGAAACAACCCAACAGAGUCGAGGUCGCACAAGCUGAAGCCAAACUGGGAGGGUCCAUACAGAGUUACAACCGAGAUAAAGCCGGGGACAUACAAGUUGGAGGAUGUAAAGAAGAAAAAGAUUAAUAAUACAUGGAACUCAGAUAUGUUAAAAAAAUACUGUUCUUGA